AUGGUGAUUACUAGGUCUGUUUCCAAAAAAUCUCCUAAAUCUACGGCUGUAAUGCCUAAAAUUAAGAAUCCUUCAAGCAAACGAAAGAUUGAGUUUGCUGAGAGUAGUGGUCACAAAAGGAGAGUUGUUGUUGAAGACGACGAUGAUGAUUUCGAAAAUGAAUGGGAUUAUUUCAUCAGGCCUGAAGAUCAUUUUCAUUCAAAGGUUUCUCAUAAUGAGGGUGUCGAUGUCAUUUCUAAUAUUAAAAAGAAUUUAACCCCUGAAACUUUGGAGAGAUUUUCACAAACUUGUUUUGGAAAGUUUUUAAAUAUGCAAGAAUUUUUAAUUCAAGGCCAAUUGAUCCACUGUUUGCUUCUUAGAGAGGUAAAACAGCCUGUGUUUUAUGAGUUAUGGAUCAAAGUUUCUGGUCAGUUGUUAAAAUUUUCUAUUGAUGAAUUUGCUUUAAUAACUGGACUGAAAUGUGUUGGUAGUGUUGAUCUCAAGUUGUACAAAAAUGAGACUUCUGAUUUUAAAACUAACUGUUUUGGAAAUAUAAAGAAAGUUUCAAAAAAGUUUUUGGAAUAUAGUUUUCUUUCGAAGCGUUGGAGUAACGAGGAAGAGGCUUUUCAAAUGGCUGUCUUGUAUUUCAUUGAAAUAUUUUUAUAUAAUAACAAAAGUGAGUCAAAUGUUCGUGAUGCACAUUUUAACCUUGUUUGUAGUGGUGACUUUGAAAAUUUCCCAUGGGGAAAAGAUUUGUUUCAUGCUACUUUGGAGUUUUUAAAAAGUAAACUCAGUUUAUGGAAAAACUGUGAUUUUUUAAAGAAAAAAUCGAGAUCUUCUGAUACCCGACCUUCAAGCCGAUAUGACGGAUUCCCUUUGGCCUUCCAAACUUGGUUUUUCGAGUGUUGCCCUGCUCUCGAAGGUGGAAUAGCUUCUUGUUGUGGAACUGAAAUUCCUCGCAUUUUGCGUUGGAAGGUUACAACUCUUCAGAGUUGGUCUUAUUUGUGCCGAAACCUCUUUGAUCAAUCUGCUGAACAGUUAAAAUUAUGCUAUAUUACACCAACCGUUGAGGAGAGGACGUUGUUGAACUUAGAGGGGCUGUUUUUAAAAGGAAAGCGUAAAGUCGAAAUGGAGCUAGAGGAUAGUGAAGGAGUUAAUUUUAAAACCAAAAUUAAUAAAUUGGUUUUGAAUCAGUCGAAGAUGUUCAAUGAGUUUGCUGCUAUCAAGACAUUCAUAGAGACUGAAUUCUUUGAUGUCAAGAAUCAAUUGGUUGAAUUGAAAAGUCUAAUCACUGCGGCUGCUCGUCGAGAUACUGUCGAGGUGGAUGCUCGUGGUCUUGUUUCUUCUUCAGAAGAAACUGUUAGUGAACAUUCGAUGAGAGUGAAUCAAGAAAGCAUUGAUAACAAGGGUGAUGAGAAUGAGCAGAAUAAGAAAGUGGAAAGUAAUGCGAACGAUCCUACUGACAUACCGAAAAGCGAUGACGUCGGUGAUUCUAAGGAUCAUAUGAAUGACCAUACUGAUGACAGCGAUGAUAGCGGCAGUGAGGAUAAGGUUGAUCCGAAUGAGACUCGCGAUAGAGAGGAAAGUGAUGAUAGCGAAAAUAGUGAUGAUGACAUGACAGAUGAUAAGAGUGAAAGAGAUGACAGAGCAGGUGAUAUAAAAAAGGAUGAUGAGAGAAGGGAUGGCUCAAGCUAUGGGAAUGCAGUUGACGAGAGGUUCAAUUAUGCGUACAAAGAUCGUGAGGAUGGUGAAAGUUAUGAAAAGAAAGUUGAUGAGGGUAAUGAUGUAUCAAAAGAGAAUGAAAAAGUUAGACAACGUAGCAAAAAGGCUGAUUCUGUUGAUAGUCGUCCUACUUUCAAUCUUCUAGAAUCAAGUACUCAAGGGAGUCCUAGUACAUUUGAUUCAGUUGAAAUAAUGGGUCUUACCAAAGCUGUUGAUCUUGCUGAAAUAGAAGCCGGUCUUGUUUCUAAUGUUAAUGCCGUUGAUUCUUUUUUUGAAAAGAAAGUUGAUGAGGGGAUUAAUGUGAUGCAAAAGGGUGAAAAUGAAUCAAAGAUAGUUGAUUUAGUUGAUAGUCGUCCUACUCUCAAUACUUUUGAAGCAAGUACACAAGGGACUUCUAGUACAUUUGACUCAGUUGAAAUACGUGCUAUCGAUAAAGCUGAAAGAGACGCUAUCAAUAAAGCUCAAAUAGACGCUGUUGAUAAAGCUGAAAGAGACGCUGGUCUUCUUGGCAAGGUUUAUGAAGUUGAUGAGGGAUUAGAGGAUGAAUCUAUAUUUGAUGAAGCUUGUCUCAAUGAUCUUGCUUAUGUUUGUGAUCGUAUUGAAAAACAAGCUGCUGAUCGUAUUGAACAACAAGCUGCUGAUCAAGUUGCAAAAGAAGCUUCCGCUGGUCAAGUUGCAAAAGAAGCUUCCGCUGGUCAAGUUGCAAAAGAAGCUUCUGAGUUGCAGAAGGCGUCUUUGAAAGAAAUUACUGUGUAUCGAGGCAGUCCAUCAGAGCAAAUUUCAAAGAUUGCCUCUGAGUUCAAAAUUCCUUAUGCAAAGCCACUAGCAUUUAUCAAGGCUAAAGAGAACGUAAAAUGUGUGAAGAAACUGAAUCCUCUUGACGAUAAUGUUGAUGGAGAUAUCCAAUGUGCAGAACUACAAGAUUUUGUUGACUGGAUUCAGUGUGGCCUGAGGCCUGAUCUUAAGAAAAAGUUUUAUCUAGAUAAUGACAACAUGAUUCGACCAAGAAUGGAUUUUGGAGUGGAACAUAUUUGGAAAAAAUCAUGGUUUUAUGCGAUUAAGUGUAGUGGUCAAUUUUUGACGUCAUCUCAUAUCAAUGUGGUUAUGUAUUACAUCCGCAAGAAAGCCAAGUAUAAGCUGUUAGAUGGUUUGCGAAUUACCACAACUGACUGUCUGUUUGACGAUAGAAUGUGUGCAACGUAUGUGGCAUAUACAAAAAAGAAGAAGCAUGAUGUAUCAACUGUCAGUGAGCGUGGUACUGUAGCUGAUUUUAUUCGUGGAGAUAAGGUUCUUUGCAAUACUCAUUGGAAGGACGUGGAUGAGGUUCUUUUUCCCAUACACGUGAACAGUCAGAAACAUUGGAUUUUGGGACGUUUGGUCUUUAAAGAGAGAUGCAUAUAUGUCUAUAAUUCCAUGCAAUCAGCUUUGUCGAGGGCUCUUGGAAUCGAAGCAGCCACGAAAUAUUCAGUUCUCAUUCCUCUGUUUUUAACUCGUAUGAAUAUUUAUCAAAUGAGGAGCGACAUUGAUUUCAACUCUCCUGCUUAUUAG